AUGUUUAUAGAUAUACUAGACGGUCGUUCAACUGGUCCUUCUGAGUGUGAUGAGUUCUAUUUUCUCACCGAUCCUGAACAGCAUGUGUUUGAAAAUUUACCCGAUUUAAAAGUGUGGCAGCUAUUACGCAAACCGUUGAGUAUAAAUCGAUUUUGCCACUUACCACUACUAAAAUCACCGUUUUUCAAUGCCAAUUUAUCUCUGAAAAGAAAUUAUUCUGAUUGUUUAAUCACUAAAAAUGGACAAGUGAGCAUAAAAAUUAAGAUGUCAAAAUUUGUUGGUAUUUCUUGCAGUUUGGAGAAUUGUGCGGAUCAUAGUAUCUUGUUAGGCUUAUGUCUAGUUGAAGUUUUACUACGACCACCAGAAAUUGUCCGUAUUCAAGCUGCACCUUCACAACCCGGAAAAUAUUACCUAAAUGUUUAUGUUUCACCUGAUUGGCGACGAGAAGAUGUUAGAGAAUUGGCUUGCUCAUUCCAGAUUCAUUGUUCAGAGUAUAAUUACUCCCGUUUGGUGGUAACUGGUCGUUUACCUGAAGUUGGCUUUCUUGGUCGUACACCUGCUUCACAAGUACAUGGUGUAAUUAUGGUACCAGAGGGUGAUGCAUCUGACGGUCGACCGUAUAUUGUACACAAUGACCCAAGACCUUUAAGAAUUCCUUUUGCUAUAGCUCCCGGUUUAAAGCUAUGUCAUCAAUUGAAAUCGUUUGAUCGACCAGGUCAUCAAAUGGCUGAUUGUGAUAGUUAUGCAUUGCUACAAAUGAAGCCGAAUCAUCAAUGGAAACACACUGACUCAAAACCAUUCGGAUCACAAGCGAAUGGUUAUUACAGUGUUCGUUUACCUGUACAAGCUUUUUACUAUUUAACUAUUUAUGCAUCAAAUGAAAAUGAUGUGCUCAAGGAUCACUUGGAGUGUGUGUAUCGUAUUUUAAUUGAUGCUCGUAGUUGCCGUUCUUCCGAGUUAUCUGAUGCUUAUCCACGUCAGACAUUUUGGUGGGUUCAUUGUCGACUAGUUGAACCCACACACCAACAUUUAAUUAUUGAUCGAAGUUAUAAGUUUUGCUUAGAUGCUCCUCAUUGUGAUUCUGUAGCUGUUGUAAUAAAUGAAUCAGAAUGGCAUUUCCUUUCUCCAUCUUCGCCAUCACUUCAUUCAUCAUCCUCUGGUAAUAAUCGUGGCCGUUGGAGCGGAAAGGUUUAUACUGGAGAAAAUCUGCGUAAUGAGUCAAGUACUAAUAAUGAUUCUAUUCAAGCCAAUUAUGAUGAUAAUGAUGAUGGGAACAAUUAUGAUACUAAUGAUGCUGAUGAUGAAAAUUCCUACAUAAAACUUUUGGAUUAUAUACUUGUCCAAAAAGAGAUGUUUUAG